GCUGACUCCUGUGGGUCAGGUGACCGCCGGCCCGGAAGGGAAGUGCGUUGGGCCAGCCCCGGGGUCCCCGCACGCAGUCCCCAUUCCCCCGGCCCCGGGAGUCACACGGACCCCGGCGGCAGCAUCAGGGCAGCGGCCUUUGCACAGCCCGACCAUGGCGUGGACCAAGUACCAGCUGUUCCUGGCCGGGCUCAUGCUGAUCACCGGCUCCAUCAACACCCUCUCGGCCAAAUGGGCUGACAACUUUGUGACUGAGGGCUGUGGAGGAAGCCAGGCCCACAGCUUCGAGCAUCCUUUCCUCCAGGCAGUGGGCAUGUUCCUGGGGGAGUUUUCCUGCCUAGCAGCCUUCUACUUACUUCAGUGCAGAAUUUGGGGGCACACAGACUCUGGUGUGGAACCCCAACAGUCCUUCAGUGCACUGCUCUUCCUGCCCCCUGCCCUCUGUGACAUGACUGGGACCAGCAUCAUGUAUGUGGCCCUGAACAUGACCAGUGCCUCCAGCUUCCAGAUGCUUCGUGGGGCUGUGAUCAUCUUCACAGGUCUUCUCUCCGUGGCUUUCCUGGGACGAAAGCUGGUGCCAAGCCAGUGGGUGGGCAUCUUGGCCACAAUUGCCGGCUUGGUGGUUGUGGGUCUGGCUGACCUCACGAGCAGGCAUGAAGAUCAGCACAAGCUCAGCGAUGUGAUCACAGGGGACCUGCUGAUCGUCAUGGCACAGGUGAUUGUCUCCAUCCAAAUGGUGCUGGAGGAAAAAUUUGUCUACAAGCACAACGUGCACCCACUUCGAGCUGUGGGUACUGAAGGGUUCUUUGGCUUUGUGAUCCUCACUUUGUUGCUGGUGCCCAUGUACUACAUCCCUGCUGGUGCCUUCAGUGGAAACCCCCGGGGCGUGUUAGAAGAUGCACUGGAUGCCUUCUGCCAGCUGGGCAGGCAGCCACUGAUCAUCGUCGCACUGCUGGGCAACAUCAGCAGCAUCGCUUUCUUCAACUUUGCUGGCAUCAGUGUUACCAAGGAGAUGAGUGCCACUACCCGCAUGGUACUGGACAGCCUCCGUACUGUGGUCAUCUGGGCCCUCAGCCUGGCACUGGGCUGGGAGACUUUUCACCCACUGCAGAUCCUAGGCUUCUUCAUCCUCCUGGUGGGCACAGCUCUCUACAAUGGGCUGCACCAGCCCUUGAUGGCCCGUCUGCCCUGGUGUCAGCCCCCAGCUGAGGAUCAUGAGCGGGAAAGCCUGCUUGGGGGCAGCCACACUCCCAUUAAUGAGAACAGCUGAAUCUCCACCGGCUGUACCGUAGACUGAACCCUGAAUUUUAGGCUCCUUUUCCCUGAGGACAGGGAUCCCUGAGAUCUUCAGAAGGAAUCUGGGAAAUAGAGUAUCUAAGGUCCUUUCUCCCACCUUGUUGCCUCUCCUUCGGGAAGACACUGGAUGUGCCACUGGAGUUGGAACCCGGCUCUGCUGUCCCUUCCUCUCAGCUUCCUUUGGUCCAAAACCUGCAGAGGACACAAAGACCCAGGAGAAGGGCUUGGACUCCCCUGCAUCUGUCUCCAGUCUCAUUAUGUAGAGUGAUAGACUAAACCAGGCACCACCUGAAUUGCACUGAUUUGCUAAAUCACAAAUCCAGACUGAAUAUUAAUCAUUUCCCCUGAAUCAUGAAUCAGAUUUGUUUUCUAAAAACAAAAAAUGUCACUUCAGAACCAGACUUAAACCUGUGUAUUUUCUCACACCUGUGUACUGCUGGGUCAUCUGCAGAAGGUACCUGAGCCAGCCAGUCAUGAGUGCCAUGAGUUGAAUGGGCAUUAGGCUGCAUUGAUUUGGCCCCCAGGUCCAUCUCCACUCUUCUCUGCCUUUUCCCUGGGCGGCAGGCAUAGCCCCUCUCCACCAUGAUGACAGGGUAGUUCUGCUUAGAUCAGAUGUCAGUGGUUUACACUGCUGCUGGCAGCUGCCUGUCCUGCAGUCUGGAUGCCAAGGAGUAUGGGGGUGGGGGCUGUAUCUGCAUCUGCUAGAGGAUAGGGAGGAGAAACUCAGUGGUACUUUGAACUAUUGCCUUUGCCAUUUCUUUUUUAAAAGUAAAACCUAAUAGAAGAGUGAUCUAUAAUGUGUGAAGUUCAGGGUUUUUGGUUUUAUUUUGGGCAGAGGGGAGUGGGCAUAGAACUCUGGAGUGCUAGAGGUAUGAGGAACUUUUGGCGUCAUCAAAUCUAGUCCAGGGACACUGGGUGCAUCCUUUUUGCAUCCUUUUCUAAAAUAAAUGUGGUUUUGAUAACAUCAAAA